AUGACGCUUCUCAGCAACAUCAGCCCUCCUCUCAUCCAAGAGGCACUGUCCCAACAGAUGUCUGUCUUGGACCUCUUUCUUCCUGGUUUCACAAACAUCACCAGUGCUGCCAGUCAGAUCCUCAGUGGCAACCUGACUGGCUACACUCACGUGGUGUGCAUCUUUGCAUUGGUUGCGUUCUUGAAACCAUAUGUGUUCCAAUUGAGAGAUUGGUUCAUUGAACAUUGCACAUCAACAAUCUACAUUAAAUACUCGGACGAAACGCACGACAUGAUACAAACCUGGAUCUCGUCUCGUGGAUUGGAUAAUACCGCGCGUUCCCUUCUCGCCAAAGUCCGAACGAAGCAAAAGGCCCAUGAAAGCCAUGACACCCGCAACAAAAAGGCCCUCAGAUACGCCCCUUGGGAAGGUUCCUUUUCGUUCUGGUACAAGAACAACUUGCUUUUCUACCAGACCACACAGGUGGAUGUUGGCUUCCAUAAAGAGGAGCAGAUCUCCAUCACCUGUGUGGGACGAUCUUCGAGGAUCGUGAAAGAUCUAUUGGAAGACUGUCGACUUGAAUACCUCAGAGAAUCAAAGAACAAGACGACCAUCCAUGGGCACCGCGAGAAUUGCUGGAGGAAGGAGAAAGCAGUGAUUGCUCGACCUCUUUCGACAGUUAUUCUCGAUGAAAAGCAGAAGGGGUCUCUCAUCAGAGAGCUUCGAGAUUUUCUCGACCCUGAAACCAGACGCUGGUACUCUGAACACUCCAUGUCCUACAAACAAGGAUAUCUCUUACAUGGCCCGCCUGGAACCGGAAAGUCGAGCUUUAGCUUGUCAAUUGCAGGUGAAUUGAACAUGGAUAUCUAUGUCAUUAGCAUUCCCAGCACGAAUGAUCAAAUGCUGAAGGACCUGUUUGCUGGGCUUCCAGACAGAUGCGUCGUCUUGUUAGAGGACAUUGACGCAGCAGGUGCCGCCUGCUCUAGGGACCCUGACGCAGAGUGUUCAGACAGCGACACAGACUCGAGUUUGCGAAGGAGAGGGGUGACUCUCUCAGGCCUUCUCAACGUCCUCGAUGGGGUUGCGUCUCAGGAAGAUCGAGUUCUCAUCAUGACAACCAAUCAUCCCAAAAAGUUAGAUGAGGCAUUGACACGGCCUGGCCGAGUUGACUUCAAGGUCGAAUUCCAGCUUGCUGAUAGAAGUAUCGCCAGGGAGAUAUACCGCUUCAUGUUUGGACAACAUGGAAGGGAUGUUGCAGAGGAUAGUCAACCGGAGGGUUGCGACGGAGAGGUGGAGAGACAAGCGAAGGAAUUUGCUGCAAUGGUACCGGAGUCCGAGUUCAGCCCGGCGGAGAUCAUGUCGUACCUUUUGCGACACAGGCGUUGCCCGGCUGCGGCAAUAAAGAACUGCGGCCAAUGGGCGGAUAAUCUCCUCCGGGAAAAGAAGGCCAAGAAAGUAGCGUUGAAGGAUGGUCGUAAGAAUCAGCGUGAUUAG